AUGGAUUUACCGUUCGACUGCCAGCUGUAUCAAGAGGUCAAACUCAAUUUGGACAUGGUCAGCUUUAAUUUCAAGAGGCUUCUCGACAGCACGGAGAAUAUUGUGUCUUGGUUCUCACACAUCAAGAAAAUCGUUGAGCUGUGCGACGAGUUGUACGAGAUGGUGGCUGACAAGUUGAUGUUUGCUGGCGUCGUCAUCAGACCUAAGUGCGACAACAAGAUGAACACGGAGUCACUUCAAGGCAAAAACGAGGAGUCAGAAACGAUUGGAGACAGUGCUAUACCUUCCUCUCUCAAUUCCAAGGAUUAUAAAAAGUUUUUAGAUCCGUUCGAUAAGCACGAGUUGAUAUACAUGGCGGAUACGGCGAUAGCGAUCAAGGUUUUUGUUAUCCUCGACGUUUCCCUUAAGAUACACAUGACUCAAUGCACGCACCCCAUCUACACAAAGAAGUUAGAAAAUCUCCUGACGAAAAUAGUCGGAAACAAGUUGGAGUCGGUGAAACCUAUUGUAGAUUUGAAGAUGUUCUCUCUGGAGUACGGCCUGCUGGAUAGAUCGAAUUAUGGUGGUCCCGACAGCAAAACUGAAGAAUUAAUUAGACUUCUUGAUGAGGCAGAGAUGAAAUUAUCCAAGUUGGAGGAACCGUUCCUGGAACCUGAUAUCAAACCCUUGGACCCCAAAACCCUUCUCACUCACUUACCGCCGUCUGAGCAAGAGAACCAGCUUAAAGAAGAAGACAUUAACCCAACUCUAACGUUUUUGGAUUUGUUAGAUAUUAGAAAAAUAGCUUCUGAACUAAUAUUACAACAACCCGUCGAUACCGUUGAUUACAGAAAGGAAAAUUUUCCGCAUCAGAUUAAAGAGAUUUCACUAAGAGUAGUAAAUUUAUUAAGCACGAUUUAUUUCGACGCUGAUAAGAAUCCGAGUCUCUUAGUCUUCAUCGCACAUUAUCGCCUCUUAUUGAAGAAGAAAUUUAUUGAGACUGGAUUGUUCACGGUGCCGUCAACAUGCUCUUUCGAUGCAAUCAGUUCGCAUUUCCUUCACGAUGGAACUCGCGACUGGCUGUUGAAAAAAAUUGAAGAGUGGCUCUUUUCAUCAAACAAACCAUUUUGUUGGCUGAGCGGUCUUGAAGGCACGGGAAAGUCAGGAAUUGUUGCAGCGUUCUGCAAAUUGAAUCAAUGCUACGUUACAAAUUUGUUUGUCUUCGAUAAGAGACAGAACAACGGAAUGGUUGAGUUGAUGAAAUCCAUCGCCAACAGCUUGAUGCGAAAUAUUUCAGAGUACGUCUGCUUGAUGGACGAUAUCAUUCAGGAGAACCAACUCAUUGAUUUCGGCUGCAACGUCAAAGGAUCUACAAACGAAUGGCGUCGCCUUUAUGACUUUUUAUUACGUAAACCUCUCAAGGUCCUCUUCUCAAAUUCAACCAUUGAAAGGCCGAAAAGAAGGUUGAUUGUCAUAGAUGGGCUGAACGAAUGCAAACAAUCAGAAUAUCCCGACUUUCUCCAGUUUUUGCAAGUUUUCAAAAAGGAUUUAGCAGAUUGGAUGUGCAUUCUAAUAACAUGCAGGAGCGAUUGCCUUCUCCUUUCACCAGAGAUGAUUAAUCAGGUUGAGAAACAAGCAAAUCCUGACAUCGCUCCCGGCACAACGUUUUUAGAUUCAACAGAAGUUAUAUGUUUGGAGUCUAAAAAUUUUGCGAGCCAGCACAUUCGAGACAUAGAAACCUUUUUUGGUGCCUGCUUCUGCGAUAUCAUGUCUAGAAAGAAAUUUGGUUCACAAAGUGGGACCUCACCUCGAUACAACCCCGACCAUAUGGCAUUAACUACUACAGUUGAUAAAUUUAUAAAACAUAUUGCGGGUAAAUUUUCGUAUGCUCAACUACUUUUGAAUAUCUUUGAAGAGACGAUGGAUGAAUAUAAAGGACAGUACCAGUGCAGUCUUAUUAAAACUUUUGAACGUUAUCGUUCCGUGGUAGGCUCUGAGAAAUUAGAUGAAGAGAUGAAAAACUUUGCCAAACUGUUCAACGCCUACAGACAAAAAGAUGGAACAUCUGUCGUAUUAAGGAUAAACGUUCACGAAUGA